GUUUAGUUUUCUGUGACAUUGACAGUGAAAGUGUACGUUUGUGUGGAGUAGAGUGUCCACUGGGUCGUUCUGCAUUUAUUUACUGAGGACGAGGGGGAAGACGGAAAAGCGAGGGCAAAAAAUGAAAAGUUGGUUCGUGUUUGACUUAAAGUUUUGAGUGUUUGCAUAAGCUGGUUACACCUUUCAGGGAACGUAUACUGGCUGCGCAGAAACGUUUGAAAGUGCUCGUGUAAAAAGUCCCGGGGAGCAGAAGCGCGUGGAUUUGUUCAGUUUUGGGAGCCGCGUCUUGUGAAAAGGGGUAUUUGGUUUCCUCUGCCAGUGUGCGGUGCGGUUAGAUAGAGGACUGGGGUUGUUAGUUGUUGCCAUUGCAGCAGAAACAAGAUCAACAUUUUCUUUAACGGAGAUUUAGGAUAUGAGCUGACGAACUUCCUAACUUGUGUUUCUGCUUUGAAGUGUGUGGAUUACAUCAAGCUCUUGUGACGACAAAAUUCACCAACGCUACGAAUUCCCUGUCUGUGAACUGCCUCAUUGUCAUCGAUCAGUGAAAACGUCGACUACGGAAUACCGUUUGCGUCUGAGAAACUGAAUUUCCUGUGGCUGGCAUUGCUCCAAUCAAAUCAGUAUGGCAACACGAAUCCCCAUAAAUAAGGAUAACUACAAUUUUGAAGAUAGGCAAAAGAAAAUAUGGGAAGAUAUGGAGAAAGAUAUGGAGAGAAGGCGAAGGUAUGCCCCGAGUUUUGGUGAAUGGGAAAGUGAAAUCGACAAGAUGCGGAAAGAGUUCUUUUUGCUGAACCCCGAGAGGACAGAUUUCCACAGCGUUGAAAGUACCCCGAGCUCCCGGCUCCCUGCGCGGAUUGCGGAGGCUGAUGAUGGGAAGCCAGUCAUUGAGAAAGACGAAAAUGGACAUCCUGUGUUCAAGGUUCGCUUCAACAUGAGGGACUACAGCCCUGAAGAGAUCAACGUGAAGAUGGACACCACAAAGAUCAUGGUGUCAGCUCGGCAUGAGGAAAAAGGUGGAGGGUCAUCUGUCAGUCGGGAGUACAACAGGGAAGUGAACAUUCCUCGUGAUGUUGAUCCUCUUGCGCUGUCCUGCACUCUGAAUCCAGAUGGCUACCUGGUUGUCCAUGCUCCACUCCCCACCCCGAGCUACCAUGCUAUCAAAGAUUCAACAGGGGCUACCCAUAGUCCACCGGGAGUAGUUAAGUCAUCAUCAAGCUACCAGACCUCUUCCUCUUCCACCCUACCGAAAGGCGCCUCACUCAGCAACCAGAUCCCUCCCCCAAUGUAUUCACCUCGUGAUCAACAGCAACAGCAGCAGCAAACUCGAGUGCACACUAUUAACCAACAGCCUCCUAUGAGCAGCAUCAAACAGCCCAACGCGUUUGCCCAGUCCAGUUUGUUUAACCAAUCGGAUAGCAUGGAGCACCCAGAUCACGUGGUCCCUUCCUAUAAGCCUCCUGUCGACCUCAGCAAAUUCGACUCAAUGAUGGAAGACCAUGGCCCUCGGCUGACCCCACAGUUUCAGUCGUCUCAGCUUCACUCGGCUCCAGCCUCACACUUAAGCGGUUCAUCCACUUUGCCCAAAUCAUCUCCUUUUGGUUCCUUGAGCUCGACGUUCCCCACGGGACCCAUCUCUAGCCAGGCACAGCUCAGUACUCCAAUGGUCACCUCACAGGAAGGCAAGUUCCAGCUCACAAUGCCUAUCGACGACUACAAACCAGAAGAGCUGACAGUCAAAACCCAGGAUGGAAAAGUCAUAAUUUGUGCUAAACGUCAGAUUACAAGUGGCAACCGUAACCAGACAUCUGAGAUGAGUCGAGAACACAGCCUGCCUGAUAAUGUUGAUCCUUUGACUGUGAAGGCAUUCUUCACGGACACUAACAACCUAAUCGUUGAGGCACCGUUCAAGAGAUGAAGUUCAGGUUUUAAUAAUUUGCAGUAACAAAAGUGAGGGGAGUUCAAGUGUAUUGUGGUGUCCUCUUUCUAGAGUAAAACAUUCUUUUUUUUUUGCUGAAUGUAGCACCAUGUUCCAUUUUCUCCAAGUUUUGAGAGUAAGCAUCCUUUUCAAAUCUCUUGUUGCCUUGCCAUUUUCAUAAAUUCAAGAGAAACAGACUUUCUUACCAAGAAGGUAAAAUCAUACAGCCACAUCAUUCAUUAAAAAAUUGUUACUCUUUGUAAUCAUUUUGUUAUAUAUGACAUACUGAAACAUGAAAACUAUCUUUGGUAACUGUGUGUUAGAGGAACAUACUGCUAUUAUUUCAGGAUUUUAAUAAGCGCUGAUGAUCCUGUAAGGCAAAGCUUGCUUUUACUCCUUAAUUGUUUUUCUGUGGUGAGAUACUGCCACAUUGUAAAUUGCCAUAUCUUUUAUAUUCCUCCAUACUCCAAUGUUGACCACACCUCUUAGUUUUUUGGGAGAUUUUUUCGCGUAUCAUGUGUAUGUGUAUAAUACAUCUUAUAUGUGUCAACUUUACUUUAUAAAUCCAAUUCCUAUCUAUUGUGAGGCAUUGUGGUGAAAUCAGGCGCUCAUUAAAGUAAUGAAAUAG